AUGAACCAUUCCUGCAGGCCGAACUGUGAAAUCGAUUACAGCAACAACGGCACGGCCAUUGUCGUGGCACUUCGCGAGCUUCGCGCGGGCGAGGAGUUGACUAUUAGCUACGUGGACGAACAGAGCUUGCCAGUGCGCAGACGUCGUCGCGCUCUUUGGCUGUCUGGCACUUAA